AUCGGACAUCCCGCUCAAAUUGCAUCCCUAUACGGUGCACGACUAAUCACUUUUAUGUCUCAAGUUUGGGUUGGAAUACAAGAGAAAAAUCAUUCGGCUUCAAACGCAGAUGAUUCGGACCGUAGCUCGUUGUACACGUCCUAUUUAUAGGAGAGUUAAUGGCUAAUGCUACCCACGCUCAAUAGCUACAGGUCGUCGAUUCGACCUCCAAAGCUCCACUUGCUGCCUUGCUGGUCACGGCUGAAGGUCUGUAACCGAAGAAGUGAGUUGAGAUGAUAGCACUGCAGAGUGCCGACGCUGGCUAGGGCAAAGAAGAGUACGAGGGAAACGGAAGUCACCAGAGAAGGGGAAGCUGUGAUUUCAGCGAUGCCGGUCACUGAAAAGUAACGUCGGUUAGUGUCUCACACAUACAAGGAGUCCGCCACGCUUAAAGGCGACGUGGCAAACUUUGAGGGGUGAUGCUAGGGAUUGAUUUCCUAGAGUGAUACCAGAGGAUCCGGAUCCCUCUCGUUGUAUGUCGUCUAUUAGUUUUUUUCUGUGAGGACGGACAGAAAUGAUGGUAUAUUUAUUGGUAUCAAGGGGCGAUUGGCACAACAAGCUCACCAUUCUUCCUUUAUUUUCCCUUUUUUUAUCAGUGUGAAGCUGUAAGUACAACAUGGGGGAAAUGUCAGGCAACGCAUCGCAUGACACCCACAACGAAGAUGAUGAGGAUGAUUAUGAGGAGUCUGGUGGAGGGAGCCGACUCUUGGGAUUUAUGUUUGGAAAUGUUGAUGAUUCAGGUGAUCUUGAUGCAGAUUAUCUUGAUGAGGAUGCAAAGGAACAUCUUUCUGCACUGGCUGACAAAUUGGGUCCAUCACUAACGGAUAUUGAUUUGUCAAUAAAAUCGCCACAAACACCAUCUGAUGGUUCUGAGCAAGAUUAUGAUGAAAAAGCUGAAGAUGCUGUUGAUUACGAAGACAUUGAGGAGGAAUAUGAGGGGCCUGAGAUUCAAGCCACAACUGAGGAAGAUCAUUUGUUGCCUAAGAAGGACUAUUUCUCGGCUGAAGUUUCUCUUGCUACUUUGGAGCAUAAAGCUGUUGUUUUUGAUGAUGAAAAUUAUGAUGAAUAUGAAGAUAUUGAAAAGGAAGAGGUGGUGGUGGAUGAAAACUCUGAAGCCCACAUUGUUUCACAAGAUGAGCAAAAUGAGCAUAUUGAAUUAAUCUGCGAGGAAGAGAAAUCACCUGAGAAUAAUAUGGCUUCUAUUGAACAGUUUGAAGUUGAGAAUCUGGCUGUUGAUUUUGAGGAUUUCCAGGAGGAUGGACCUGACAUCAUGCAGAACUCAUUAAAUGCCAAAACUGUGACAUCACUGCCUAUUUUAUGUAUAGAAGAUGGAGUGGUGGUAUUAAGGUUCUCCGAAAUUUUUGGCAUUCAUGAGCCUUUAAAGAAAGUGGAGAGGAGGGACCAUAGAUAUUGGGUUUCUAAAGAGAGGUAUAAAGCCAUGGAUACUUUUGAUAUUGUUGAAGAGGAUGAAGAAGCUUUCUUAAAGGGUUCUUCCCCUGGCUUAGUUGCCAUGAAACAUGGAAGUCUUACUCAAGAUGAUAAUGCACUGGCAAUGGAUGGUGAUACAGAAUCAGCAAUUUUUGGUAGCUGGCAAGGGGUUGAUAUUAGAGCUACACAGGUUGAUGGGCAAAGGAAAGACUCAUGUCUUAGCGCUGAGCCAAUGAAAGAGGGCAGAUCUUUAGAUCUUUUUACUGGACAGCAAUCGCCAUCCUAUCCUAAAUUUUACCCUCUUGAUCAACAAGAUUGGGAAGAUGGAAUUAUUUGGGACAAUUCUCCCACCAAGAGUUAUGACUCCUCAGAGAGUUGUAUGAUGUCUGGACCAGGCUCUGAAACAUUUUACAAUGCUGAAACAGAAUUUGAGGCUAGGCCACAAAAUGUGGUAUUGCAGCACCAGAUGGAGCCUGAUGAGAAGGAACAUAAUCUUUUCUUGCAUAACUUUCCUGUGUCAGUGGAUCCCUUUGGUUCAACAGAAUUUUCAGACCAGACAAACCUUCCAUUCACAGAUAAAAAAAAUCAUCCCCAGUUAUUGAGGUUAGAAUCUCGUUUGAAAGUGGACAGUUCAAAUUACUCGGAAGUAAGAAAGGAGAGCAAUAAUGGAGAAUUUCGCCAACUCGACAUAAUUAAACGCUUGGGAAGACUUGCCUUACAGAAUAGGGAGAUGUUGGAGGGUUCUUGGUUAGACAACGUUAUUUGGGAACCAAAGGAGUCCAUAUCAAAACCAAAACUAAUUCUUGACCUUCAAGAUGAGCAGAUGCUUUUUGAAAUUUUAGAUAACAAGGAAGGUAGACAUCUUCGCUUUCAUGCUGGGGCUAUGAUAGUUACUCGGUCUGUGAAGUCUACUGGUGGGGAUUCAUUUGAUCUACCUGGUCAAGGGGGGCCGUCUGCUGGCCGGUUUAAUAUUUCUAAUGACAAGUAUUAUUCAAAUAGGAAAACCUCUCAGCAAUUAAAAUCACAUUCUAAAAAACGUGCAGCUCAUGGGAUCAAAGUCAUGCAUUCAAUACCUGCCCUGAAGUUGCAGACAAUGAAACCAAAGUUGAGCAAUAAAGAUAUUGCUAAUUUUCAUAGGCCUAAGGCAUUAUGGUACCCCCAUGACAAUGAAGUUGCAGCAAAGGAACAAGGACCACUAGCUACAAAAGGGCCCAUGAAAAUUAUAUUGAAAAGCUUGGGAGGGAAGGGGAGUAAACUCCAUGUGGAUGCAGAGGAAACCGUCUCUUCUGUUAAAGCAAAAGGCUCAAAAAAGCUAGAUUUUAAACCAUCAGAAAAAGUUAAAAUAUUUUAUUCUGGAAAGGAACUUGAAGAUGCUAAAUCUCUUGCCAUGGAAAAUGUUAGACCAAAUUCAGUGCUGCAUCUUGUUCGUACAAAAAUACAUUUGUGGCCAAGGGCACAAAAGAUCCCUGGUGAAAAUAAGUCUUUGCGUCCUCCAGGGGCAUUUAAGAAGAAGUCGGAUCUGUCUGUGAAAGAUGGGCAUGUCUUCCUGAUGGAGUAUUGUGAAGAAAGACCUUUACUUCUAGGUAAUGUUGGGAUGGGUGCAAGACUAUGCACUUAUUAUCAAAAACCAGUGUCAGGUGAUCAAACUACCUCCUCAUUGCGCAUUGGAGACAACAGCCUGGGGAAUGUUCUCAGUCUUGAUCCUACUGAUAAAUCACCUUUCCUUGGAGAUAUCAGACCUGGUUGUAGCCAGUCUUCUCUUGAAACAAACUUGUAUAGAGCACCCAUAUUUCCCCACAAAUUGGCAUCAACUGACUAUUUAUUGGUUCGUUCUGCAAAGGGAAAACUUUCCCUUAGACGUAUUGACAGAAUAGAUGUUGUUGGACAACAGGAACCUCACAUGGAAGUAAUUUCUCCGGGAUCAAAAAGCCUUCAGACAUAUAUUGGGAACAGGCUGUUAGUUUGUAUUUACCGUGAAUUCCGUGCCAAUGAAAAGCGUGGCUUGAUUCCUUGCAUCCGAGCAGAUGAGUUGUCUGCACAAUUUCCUAAUCUCUCAGAACCUUUUCUUCGGAAGAGGUUGAAGCACUGUGCCGAUUUGCAGAGGAUAUCAAAUGGACAUUUGUUUUGGGUUAUGAAACGCAAUUUCCGCAUUCCUUUGGAAGAAGAACUCAGAAGGAUGGUAACUCCAGAAAGUGUUUGCACCUAUGAAAGCAUGCUAGCUGGUCUUCACAGGCUCAAACGUUUAGGAAUUAGUAGGUUGACACACCCUACUGGACUGUCUUCUGCAAUGAACCAACUCCCAGAUGAAGCUAUUGCUCUAGCUGCAGCAUCACAUAUUGAGAGGGAACUUCAGAUAACUCCGUGGAACCUGACUAGCAAUUUUGUUGCCUGUACAAGUCAGGAUCGAGAAAAUAUUGAGCGCCUUGAAAUUACUGGUGUUGGUGAUCCAUCUGGUCGGGGCUUAGGUUUUAGUUAUGUUCGAGUUGCUCCAAAGGCACCAGUUUCAAGUGCUAUAGUAAAGAAAAAGGUAACUGCUGCUAGAGGAGGUUCAACUGUCACUGGAACAGAUGCUGAUCUUCGCAGAUUGAGCAUGGAGGCAGCUCGUGAGGUUCUCCUUAAGUUUAAUGUUCCUGAAGAACAGAUUACAAAACAAACAAGGUGGCAUCGAAUAGCUAUGAUACGCAAACUUUCAAGUGAGCAGGCUGCAUCAGGGGUUAAGGUUGAUCCAACAACCAUCAGCAAGUAUGCACGUGGACAGCGAAUGUCAUUUCUUCAACUUCAGCAGCAGACAAGAGAAAAAUGCCAGGAGAUUUGGGAUCGCCAAAUUCAGAGUCUUUCAGCUGCUGAUGGCGAUGAAAAUGAGAGUGACUCUGAAGCAAAUAGUGACCUGGAUUCCUUUGCUGGUGACCUUGAAAAUUUGCUGGAUGCUGAAGAGUGUGAAGAAGGGGAGGAAAGUAAUUAUGAAUCCAAACAUGAUAAAGCAGAUGGUGUUAGAGGACUUAAAAUGAGAAGACGCCCAUCGCAGGCUCAGGCAGAGGAGGAAAUUGAAGAUGAAGCUGCAGAAGCAGCAGAGUUGUGUAGGAUGCUCAUGGAUGAUGAUGAGGCUGAGCGAAGGAAGAAGAAAAGGACAAAAGCAACAUGGCAAGGAGGUUUGGGAUCCCAAUUAGGUUUUAAUUCUGAAAAUGCAGAUCAAACCAAAAAAGGUAGUGGAGCCAAGCAGAUAAUUCGUACUGUCCAAUCUGAUGGAUCAUUUAUAUCCAAGGAGAACAUCAUUCGUGGGCCAAUGGAGGUUGAAAAGAUGAAAUCAAAGAAAGGAAAUGGGAAGAAUGGUGUACUGAAAAAGAAAACUAAUGUAGCAGGAGACGGAUUUAAGGUUAUUAAGGAAAAGAAACAUACAGACAAACCAGUAAGAGAAAGUUUUGUAUGUGGAGCAUGUGGUCAGUCAGGGCACAUGAGGACCAACAAGAACUGCCCGAAGUAUGGGGAAGACUUGGAAAUACAGGUUGAUAACACAAGCCUGGAAAAAGUAUCAGGAAAAUCUACCAUUCUUGAUCCUUCUGCCCCGCCCCAGCAAAAAGCUGCAGUGAAGAAACUAAAACAAAAGACUGUGUCAAAGGUUGCUACUGUAGGAACCUUGGAAAAUGCCAAUAAAGUGGGAUUAAAAGCAAAACUCCCCUCACUGAAGCUCAAAUAUGGUCCUGUUGACAAGCCUUCUGAGAAAACAAUACCUGGGAUUAUGCAGAGUUCUGAGAAACCUAUGACUUCUGAUGCUGAAACUGGGACUAAACCUACUACAAAGAUCAGUAAGAUAAAAAUUUCCAACAAGAUGAAAAAUGAAGAUAUCCAGGUGGAACCUCUGAAGCCAUCUAUUGUGAUACGUCCACCAACGGAGGCAGAUAGAGAUCAACCUCGCAAGAAAAUCAUAAUUAAGCAGACAAAGACAGUUGGUAAUGUGGAUCUGGUCAAACAGGAAGCUAGCUCUGGACUGGGUGAAGAACAUCGAAAGACAAAAAAGAUGAUGGAGUUGUCAAGUUUUGAGAAACAUAGAGAGAAAGAGAGAAAGCAAUUGGCUGAAGAGGUGGCAAGGAGAAAAGCUGCAGAAGAGAGAAGAUUGUGGGAAGAGGAAAAGAGGAGAAUUGCAGACAGGUUGAGAGAGGAGAAAACAAGGAGGCUUUAUGAGCAAAAAAAGAGGAUGCAGGAAGAACGAAGGUUAGCUGAGAUUAGAAGACAUGAAGAAGCCAGGCAAAGGGAGAUGGAAGAACAGGAAAGGCAGAAAGCAAAGAAGAAGAAAAAGAAGAAAAAAACAGAGAUAAGGGAUGAAUAUUUAGAGGAGCAUAGGUCAAGUAGAAGUGAUCGAAGAAUGCCAGAGAGGGACCGUUCUGCCAAGAGGCGGCCUGUGGUCGAGUUGGGGAGGUAUGCUGCAGAAUAUGCCCCACAAACAAAGCGCCGUAGAGGAGGGGAGGUUGGGUUGGCAAACAUCUUGGAGAGCAUUGUAGAUGCCCUUAAAGAUCAAAUUGAUGUAUCCUACCUGUUCCUAAAACCAGUAUCCAAGAAAGAAGCUCCUGACUACCUUGACAUCAUAAAAAAUCCAAUGGAUCUCUCCACAAUUAGGGAGAAGGUGAGGAGGAUGGAGUACAAGAAUAGGGAUGACUUCAGGCAUGAUGUGUGCCAAAUAAGGUACAAUGCUCAUUUGUACAAUGAUGGGCGCAAUCCUGGUAUUCCUCCUCUUGCAGAUCAGCUCUUGGAGCUCUGUGACUACUUGUUGGCUGAGAGGGAUGCCCUCUUGACUGAAGCUGAAUCUGGUAUUGCUUGAAAAGAUGAGUGGCCAUUCCUAAUUCAAAGCGCACCCAUUAGCCCACUGCAAGCCCAGACCGUCCCCCAUUUUUUUACUGGGCUAAUGUGAAUGCAUGGCUUAUGGGUUUGUCUAAUUAUAUUUAUGAAGGUGAUUUAAAAUUCUUGUGUCGAAAUGCUUUUUUAAGUGUAUGUGUUUACUUUGGCCUCUGUUUCCUCUAUUUUUCACAGGGAAGGCUUUCACAUCUCCAUUCACUACCCGGUUGGAUGAGCCUUCUUAUAUAAUAUUAAUAUAUUCUUCUAUUAAAUGUAUAUUACCAACUAAACAUUGAUUGGUGGGUGAUGGGUCUUCCCUAGAUAAUGCUGUCUACAAAAUCAACCGGAUCUUAUCCUAA